GUCAGUGGAAAGCCGGAUGCCGUCCUCAAGUCAGAGACAGUCACAGAAACACAAAGGCUCUUACACACAGGAUCUGACCACAGGCCAGACCCAGAGAGACUGGAGCUGGGGCCACUGGUCUGUCCUGCUCCCGGAUCAGAGUAUUUACUUUACGGUAACCUAAGCCCGAGGACGGUUCAUUCCAAUCGGGACUCAGGUGAUGCGUUAGAAACUGGCAAUAAUCCGUCUUGUUCUUACACUACAGAGAAGGACCCUGGCAACAUGCCUUUGGGUUUAGAGACACAGACUGAUCUAUCUAGAGGGGACUGGAACCGGUACAGUAGUAGUGUAUACUCUGAAGCUUACCUAGCUAAGAAAGGGGAGGUUAUAGUCGUAGAUGAGGUGACUGUGAAAGUGGAGCGCGAUGCUCCUCAGACAUGGAAUGUAGACGAGACUCACUUAGGAGAAGGACACUCACAAGGCAGAGAUUUCUUAGAUUACAGGAAAAGCUUAGAGACAAAUCCAAAUAUCGCGACCCACUCCCCUUUACACACACUCAGGGAUCGCGACGCAGUGUCCACGUCGAUGGGGCCUUCCGAUUCACACGGCUGCAUCCUUUUCAAUCAAGUAUUGAACUCAAACGACCGGGCUAGAGCCCAGGCUCAGGGACGGGGAGCCACAUCAGGAAGUAGUAAAGAGAAACGGUUCCUCUGUAUGUUCUGUAACAAAGGCUUCAGCUGCCCCCAGAAGGUGGAGAUCCACCAGAGGGUCCACACAGGGGUGAAACCCUAUAGCUGUACCCAGUGUCACAUGCGCUUUGCCCAGGCUUGCAACCUGAAGAGGCACCAGAGGGUCCACACAGGGGUGAAACCCUUCAGCUGUACCCAGUGUCACAUGCGCUUCUCCCACUCAUCCAGCCUGAAGAGGCACCAGAGGGUCCACACAGGGGAGAAAUCCUACAGCUGCCCCCAGUGUGAGAAGAGCUUUUCCCACCAGCACCAGCUGAAGAUGCAUCUGAAGGUCCACAAUGGAGAAAGGCAGUUUGUUUGUACGCAAGAGGUUCUCAGAGAGGAGCUACCUCAGGAUACACCAGCAGAAAAAACAUUCCACUCUAUAACAUAGACCAGGCAUUGGCAAGGUAAGGCACGCCAAGCAAUUUGAUAAAAUGGAGGAAAUCAGUGAAAUUGCAUUGGUUUUCCACUAAUGGCUAUUUAUUAAUUGUGUUUUGUUUGGAGCGCUUCUGUCAAUGUUGAGUAAGGACGCUCACCUGAUUACACGUAGAAGUAGGCCUAGGCUACCUGGCCUGCGCAAAAUGUAUAAAUGUGCCGAUUUGGGGAUGUCUGAUACUAUUUCUGAUUGUCUUAACUCACCACCACUAAUGAGCUGUGGAGCUUCUCAACA